AUCGAAAAAGCAUUUGAGUUUAUUGUAUACCUAUUGUUGAUUGUCACAACAUAAUCAAGGGUUAAGAUGAGCUUUUCCCCAAUGAAAUGCUCGAGAUAAAAUAAUUAUAGGAAACAUAAGAUAGUACGGAAUAGUAAUUACAAGUUUUACAUACUAUUUAUAGUAGAUGAAUUCCAUAAAAUUUGUACAAAUUCAUUUUUUAAUGAAAUUUUUGUCAGUUUAAAACUUAGCGACAAAAGGUUGCAUCGGAAAAGUAAGCGGUAGUAUAGUUAUUAAUGUUGAAAUCAUAAUUUAAGUGUGGUUCAACAGUUUCAUAUUACUAAAUACCGUUAUCGAUUUAGCAUCCGAUCGGAGAUUUUUCUGAUACACUGAUACAAUAUGGUUUUUAAAUUCUUCCUAUACCUUUGACUUCUCUAUCUUCUUGAAUCCUUUUUGCUUAUUGUUUGUGAGUUUCAAGAUGGGGUCGUUGCUUGAUGUUUGUCUCUCUUUUACAAAGCAGCAAUUCUCAUUGUUGUUAGCAAUGGGAUGGACUACUUCGUUUAUUCUUUAUGGGCAAGUCGAGUGCAAUCAUUGCUAGCAAUCUUUGCGGCCCAACAUGGAUUUCUAACCCAAUGGACAGAAUUCACAAACAUAAUAAAAUAGCCACAACAAAUUCUUAUUAGUGCCUCCUUAGUGAAUACUAAUUGGGAAUUCACAACUGACUUAAUUACAUCCAUCUUGUUACGAUAACUCACAUCAUUAAUUGUAUGAAUUUGUAUAUUUGAAAAAUAUGAUGAAUAUUCAUGCGGUAUUCAAAGUAAUUAUAUACAAAUUUGAACGGCGAAGAUAAUACAAUGAAUAUUAAAAGUUAACUUUAUCAAGAUAUAACAAAUUAUAUUUGUACUAAAAUAAAAUUAACAUGUCAUGUUUGAAUAUGAUUUUAAGGAUAUAAAUUCUCUUGUGUUAAUCAUUGACACUACUAGAAAACCUCUUUAAAUGAAUAAAUAUAUGAAAUUAUCGUUUAGUUCAUUCAUUACUAUAAAUUAAUAAUUUUCACGAUCAGAUUUUACCCUAUGUUUUUCUUUUCUUCCAUUGAGUUCUAUCAGCAAGGGUCAUCGAAGUGCAGGCUCAAGUUCUUGUUUUGGUCGACUCUGUUAUUUUUUUUAUUAUCUAUAUUAAUAAAAAAUUACAUUUAUUCAUAAUAGAAAGAGCAAAAUAUAAAAAACCAUUUUCUUUUGAGCCGAAACCGAAAGUAUCACAAUGCUGCAGAAGGAACCAAGUGGUGCUCAGCAUAUAUAAAGUAAAUAGCUGGCACAUGAGUUUAAGAAAGCUGGAUUUCAUGGCAACAUAUUUUGUAGUUUCUUCGGCUCUAGUUGUAUAAAUAGGAGAUAGGGUUUCAAAGUUCAUCACUCAAUCUAACUAAGAAGAACAAGAACAAGGAAAGAGUUGAUUAAGAUAUCCGGCGAAGCAUAUUCUAUUUAAUAUUUAUGAUCAUGAUGAUGUGCAAGGCUAACCUCAAGUUCGUGAUGCUAAUUUUCCUCAUCGCCUUUCUUACCACCAACAGUAAGUUUUUCUGUCAAAGCUUGGCUUACUUCAGGCUGGCCUAUAUGUGAUAUGCUUGAGUUCAUACUUACUAAAUCUAGUUGGAUAUAUUUCAACGAAUUAAAACGGUUGGUUAUUAAUUUUAGAUUAAGUUAAUUUUAUUGUUUGAAUUGAAGAUUUAGCGAUUGUGGUUCACCUGCGUUAAAAAUUAGGGUAUAGUGUUAUACCCAUAACUCUUAAUAUACAUGCCAUUGUUGUCAAAAAAUUCGUGCUAUACUAUGAGACAUACAUAUACCUAUUUACGAAAAAAAAAGAGGCCAACCAUAGCAGGGAUGGCAAUGGGUCGGGACGGGGACGGACAGUGUAUAUCCGUUAUCCUAUCCAAAGUAGUUCGGAUUUUACUCAUACCCAUACCCACAUAAGAAACGGGUAGAAAAUUCAAACCAUGCCCAUACUCGUUGGGGUUUCGGGUAUCCACGGUUAUCCAUGGGUAAUAGUUUUUCUUUAUAACUCCAACUAAUAUGUUAAUAUUUACACGUAUUCUCACGUUAUGUAAGACGAAAAGUACAACAAUAAUUCACUAGAACGAAUAAAAUUAAUUAAAACAACACAAUUUCAUAAAAAAUUUAUAUUUAUAUGAUAAAUAUAAAAUAUGUUAGAGAAAAAUAUUGAUUAUUUCUAGACAAAAUAAAUAUGCAUGUGUAUAAUCGGGCGGGUUCGGGUUGGAUAGUGAGAAAACCAUGCCCACCCAUUACCCGCAAUAUUCGGGUUCGGGUUUUACCCGUACCCACUAAAAGUCCUUCGAGUUCGGGUUUCACCCUACCCGAUUAGGUCGGGUUUGGGCAGAUAUCCAUGGUUACAGAUAUUUUAGUCAUCCCUAACCAUAGCAUUUUGGAAAUAGCCUUUAAUAAUUUGAAAUUUUGAUAUUUAUUAAGGUACUAACUUUGUGUCUGGGAAUAAAUAUUGGGCAGGUGCAGGUCAUGAGGACGGAUCCUGUAGUCUAUACUAUGUAAUAAAAGACGGUGACAUUUGCUAUGACAUAGCGAUAGCCUAUCGCACGACCGUUGAAAAGCUUCAGACCUUGAAUCCUGAUAUGGACUGCAAAGUUCUGCUACCUAAAACCAAGAUGUGCGUCAAAGCUUGAGAAGAGAUUAAAAAAAGAAAGAAAGAAAAAAGCUCUAUAUGGCAGAGAAACUGGCGUACUUCUACACUAUAAUAUGUUUUUAAUGUUCUGGUAUUUUGAAUCUAUACUUUGAUGGACUUAGGCGAAUCCGAAUAUUUAUAUAUGUUUGCACCCAUAUCUAAAGUUAAUAACUUUUUUUUUUUGUUACGUGCAAUACAGUGUAACUUUCUAUCUACACCCAUGAAUAAUUAGUGAUGAUAAUGUUAUGGAACAAUAAUAAGUUAUGUGUUAGUUUUUGUUUUUGUCACUGUCCAGUCCUCUCCAUGUUUACCGUUAUUUUAUUAAAAAUAUAUUAAUACCGAUUUAGUAUUAGCACCCUACUAACACUUGUAAUAACGAAUAAGGUGUUAGUAACUAUCACUGUCCCUUUUUCUUCCUCUUUGCCUUCCCUCGUAGCUUUUAUUGGGUUUUAUGUACCAAAUACAGUUUUAAUAUCCAAAGUUUAUGUAUCUUAAUAUUUAGUGCCUAAUUUUUUUUUUUACAAAUAAGUGCCGAAAGUGAGGACUACACGUUUAUAAUUUAUAUUUAUAACGAAGUUAUAACAACAAAUGAAGUCUAGUCAAAUUAGAAAAGAUGCUCAUUAAUAACUACUAUGUAAAAGAUUCAAAUCACAUAUACUACCUUUAUUUAUUUAUUUUUUGUCCAUUUUCCCAUUCUCAAACUACUAUGGAGAUUUAUUAAUUUUUCUCUCAAAAUAUGGAUGUCCCCACUCUUUACAACAAAGUUAUUGCAUGAGUUUUUUUUCUCUCCUUCUAAUGAUAUGGUUCAAUCUUCUCGAUUACCUCAUGUUCAGCUGCGAACGGAUUCCUGGGGAGAGGGUAAUGUUUUGGACAUGGGCGCACACAUCUCUGGAGCUACUUCACCUGCACGGGCCCGGGGUGUGUCAAUCUUCCUCGUGGAGGCGCUCUAAAUCGGAAGUUGAUGCUCUUUCGGUUUAUCUGGAGCUUGCUGCUUGCAUUAUCACCAGAUCGCGUGCCUUGCGGGAGGUCCACAUUGACACCCGCUCCCCACAUUUGAUGCGCUGUCCUACGGUUGAAUGCAGGCUCCCAGCUAAAAUUGAGAGUGACAUUUGCCGAGCAAGGAUGGAGUUGGAAUCUCAGCUCCGGGACCUCAACCAUCGCAUGCAGCCGAUUCACUACACUUACCGAUAGACAGACAGAUAGAUGGCAUCUAUUUGAGUUUCACUGUGUAAUUUAAGUGUUUGCUAAUGUGUUAUCAAUCUAGACAAACUCACAGAACCAAGCUAGCUAGUCAUCCUGCUUUUUACAAGACUGCUUAUUUCGUUCAGCUAAUGGCAAUGCAUAAUUUGCUUGAUUGGCUAUAUUAACUAGAUAGGGAGGAAUUACUAGCAUUUGAAGCUAUCUAACUAACUAACUAAUCCUUAUAGCCUCUGUUUAAGUUUAAUCCUUAUAGCCUCGCUUUCUGUCCUUGUCAAUCUUUUUUUUCUAGCAAGCAAAAUGGAUUAUUUACCAGGAAUACCAACUCAAUUGAGACUCCCUUGGAAGGGGAGGUUUCCCUCUCUCAACUAGGUUAAAUGGCUAAUUGGAUUGCUAAGCAUAAAAAUGCACAUUCCUUAGGUUGCUAAGCACUAAACAUGCACAAGCCUAAGGAUGCUAAGCAUAAACAUGCACAAUCAAGAUGAAUAAUACCUCAAUCAUUAAAUUAAACAAUACCCAAUGACAAUCAUUCACAUUCACAUAAAAGAAACUACAUGGUAGAGUUAGAGUUUCACAACACCCAAGUGAAGGGAAAACUACUCCAUGCUAGAACUGAGGAAACACACAAAGGGAAAGGAUAGAAACCAUAUUGGAGUAUGCUCCCACUCUUCUUGAUCCUUGUGUUGAACUUCCCUUGAAGGAAAUCUCCCCAAAAUCCAUCUUGGAGCAAAACCCUAGCCUUCUUCUCCUUUGGUUCGUGUUCCUCUCUCUAGAAUUCAGAAGAAGGUUUUUCACACAAAGUGGGCUUUCCCCUCUCUCCUCCUUUCAGCUCAUCUUUUAACCCAGAGACGAGCUCAGUUCACGGUCGUGAACCAUCAAACGCGUCCGUGAACUUCAGGCGUGCGCCAAAACGCACUGCGUCGUUCACGGUCAACGACCUCUUUUCACGGUCUUAGUGACCGUGAACACAACAUGCGUCAGUAACUUCUGGAAAUGCUCUGGACGCCUUGUGUUUCACGGUCAGCAGCUCCUCUUCACGGUCAUGCAAGACCAUGAACUUCCUGUCCAAGCCGUGAACUGGCCCUUUUUCACCUCUGCUCCCGGUUUUCGAUCCUUUUCGUCCAACUUUCGACUAUGAGGCUGGUUUCACCUGUUAAAUCCUGAAACAUGCUAAAACACAAGAAACCUAGCGUAAAACAACCUUUUAGGAGCGAAUUUGCCGCAAACAUCUAAGUAAAACGGGGGUAAAACAUGUACAAUUAGGCCUGAAUCAUUCAAGGACUACACAAAGUCGGCGGGGGGACAUGAGGUUCUGUUGGGUGAUCAUCGCACGAUCAAGGUUCUUGGAUCUGGAACCGUGGAGCUUUUCUUCACUUCGGGGAAGAAAUUUGUUCUCACCAAUGUCCUUCACAUUCCUGAUGUUAGAAAGAACUCGGUUUUUGGUUUCAUUCUUUGUAAGAAUGGGAUAAAGGUUGUGAUAGAAUCUGAUAGGGUGAUUCUGACCAAGGCUGGUAUGUUUGUUGGGAAUGGGCUAUGUUAGUGAUGAUAUGUUUAAGCUAAGUAUUGACAAUGGUAAUAUUAAUAAUAAAAUUGAUGGUUUUGC